UUCCCGCGUACACGCGUGCCGCGUUAAAAGUAAAAGUUCAGUAAAUUACGUCUGGAAAUAUUCUCGCGAUAAAAUAAAAGGACUCCCUUGUGACGUGUCAAUUAAUUAUUUCCUUUUGAGUCUUGUUUGUUGUUUCAGUGCUUUAUUGUCAAGACAAGUGCAUAUUUGAAUUAAAUCGGAUGUACAUUUUGAGUUGUUUAAAAAAAAAUAUAUGUAUAUAAUUAGUGAACAGCGGGUCUUGCAGAUUAAAGGAAUACUAACAAUAAAAACUUCAUCUGUGGGAAAAGAAAUUAGUUUUAAGGAAAAACCUAGGCACAAGAAAGGCGGAAGCGAGGCGAGGCGGUGGGAAAGUGAUAUGACGUCAACGAUGAGGACCAUGUACUUACGGAACAAUGCUUGACGACCCGCUGAGGCGUGACGCUUGCACUUGAAACACGGCAAGAUGCUUCUUCAAAUGCAGUUUACCUUCAGAGCAGCGUUAUUAUUCCUACUGUGGACACCUGCCCAUACAGCAGAUGGAAAGGAACUGAUUUUCCCCACAGCGUCUUGUCCAAUAGGCUUCACAUUAAUUUACAGAAAAGACAAACUCACCCCGUUCUGCGUAAGAAGAAAAGGUCCUGAAACUUUCGCUGACCUAUACAAGGAUUGCGUGGGAAAUUUAUACACAUCAAAGUUGUAUCAAGAUUUAAAUAUAUCGAGACCGGAUUAUGCUGUGUGGUCGGAGUAUAAAACCUUGUAUCCAGGCGGAGUUUUCUUCGACUGGUCCCACACGUACAGUAUGGGAGAUCAGCUAAUAACAGAAGAUGGCGUAGCUUUGGAUCCUGGGCUGGACAUAGAUGGAGAUUUGUGUGUUGUUAUCGAUCCAGUUAGUAAUUACACCGCGGUGAAAUGCAAUACGAAGCAUUACAGGUAUUGCGUUGUAAAACCUUACGUGUACAAGGAGAGUAUGACGAAAAAAGGUUGUGAAGGGCUGAAGGAGUCUUAUAGAUUUUGGAGCCCAGUAUCUACUUGCUUAACGGUACUGAAUGGUGUGGGCGGAGGAGCUGUCCGUGCGACUUGGAACCAGGCAAGGGAGCUUUGUGGCAAAAAGGGGGGAUAUCUAUUGAGUCAUGGAUGGCGAUAUUCAAACUAUAGGGAGUUUCGUUAUACAAACCAUACUAAUCACACGUAUCCACUCGGAAUGGUUAUGAGAACUGAUUACUCUUCGUUGAGGUACGACGCGAUGACUGAUCAUUCAGAGAUCCCAAUAUCAGAGUGGAACUUUGGAGACACGAUAAACAGCACAGACACGUUCCUCGGAGCCCUGCGCAGUAACUUUUGGCAUCUCGUGAAUGGCUCUUACUUAUUUUAUGACGUCAUAUGCGAGCGUUCCGUUGAAAUCAAAGAUGUCAGUCUGGAAGUUACAAUAGACGCAGAAAACAAACUCACGCUUGCCGUAAACGAUUCUCUCGACAAAGACGACAUAUAUUGUUUCACUGACUCCGUAUAUUACUAUCCGGUUAAAGUGAAAAAGGAACGAGUCGGCGACAGUAACGUUUACGUCCUUAAACCGAAGCAAGAUGGCUAUUACUGGUGCACGCAUGUAAACACGAAAAAAUUCAAGGUCAACGAAUCGAAAAAAGUAUUGUUCAUACGAGAAAAGGUUUCCCUUGUAAAUUUUUACGCGAUCAAACUGAAAUACUCGAAGAUGUAUACUCUACAAGAGUUGGACAAACUGAGUAGUAUUUUAGAACUUAGAUUGAAGGAAUACAUCUAUCUAAGAACAAAAUACGAAAGCGUUUACGGUGAUGUAGAUACGAAUGUAACUGAGCAAGUAUUAAGAGGCUUUCAGAGCACUAACUACGGCUUGGAUUGGAAGGAGAAUACGGUUAUUGUGAGGAUGAAGAUAAAGAGAUUGUAUUUAGAUAAAACUUCAGUGUUGAUGCAUGUGGAACUACACCCUGAUAUGAAGCCAGUGACACCAGGAGUUUGGGAUGAUGUUGAGAUUUUGUUCAUGAAGCCAGUGCUUUACUGCAAAGGUUUUGAUUCCGUACCGCAGCUUUCUUUGGGUCAGUCUAAAAAGUCAGUUGGCUGUCGCACCCAUACAUGUGUGGGUGACUUCAACGAGGGUGUACAAUGGGUGACCACAGCCACAGCAGACUGUUCCACUCGGUCACCAGUUGCGAUCGACAGAUCUCUGGAGUUCAUGCCUGCAUCCAAUCCAAGCAAUGAAACGACAUCCGAAAAUAGCGACAGCUCAGACGAGGAUUCUCUGCUAGAAACCACAUCAACCUAUGAUAAGAAAAAAACAUCAACUACAAGUAAACCUACUGUUACUCUACCUGAAAUAACCACUCAUAUCGUACCAACGGAAGUUUCUACAGUUAACACGCCUACAGAAGUUUCUACUGUUGAUGGUCCUGGAAUAGUUGAAUCCACUACAUACUUAGAAGUUAAUGGGACAACAGAGUACGACACCACUACGAUUAGUACUACUGUGUUUCCACCUACUACAGUAGCUACUUCAACUAGACCGCCAGAGGAACAGCUGGACCAAGUGUUGAGUGACCUUGAUAACCUGAUCAACGGAUCUACUCCAAUCACAGUGGACGAUAUAGGGGAUGUAUUCAAUCAGGUUGAUGAUCUAUUCGAACUUCACGAUAGCUUGGAAAUUCCUGGCCGGCUAUUACAUCUUCUAGAUAAUUUGGGUUCUGCCAUAGAACUGAACGGGUCGAGAAGCGCAACAGCUGUGCGGAAUAAUAUCGCUCUAUUACUGGCCGAUGCUGAGCCAAGCCAUCCCGUAAGAGGCAUGAAGAUAGCCACAAGAGACAAUGACGCGUUCACUGACGACGCUUUUGAAAUUAUCUCAGGUGAAGUGAACAGCACGAUUCUCGACUCUGAAAGAAAUGAGGUAGUCGUCCACCUUCCACAGUCCGUAUCGGAUGCGUCACGUCGCAUAAGUUUUGUAGUGUUUAGAAACGAUCGAGCCUUCCAACCUAGCCAAGCGACGUAUUCUGUCAACAGUCGAGUGCUGAGCAUUAAAGUUCAGGACGUGACUAACUUUGAAAACGGGGAGGUGAUAGACAUCCAUCUAAGUCCAAUGACAUUGGAACCAGACCGCAACGCAACCAGAACCUGUGCCUACUGGAAAUUCUUGGAAGACGGAACGGGGUCUUGGUCUUCCGAUGGUUGUACGCUCAUUCGCGCAACAGAAUCAGGUAUGCUGGACACUUGCAGGUGUACCCAUCUGACGCACUUCGCUGAGGUAUUAUUUCCAAGAUCAGUAUUUUCUCAAAAGGAUGAAGAUAUUCUGGAACUGCUAACUGUUAUUGGAUGCUGUUUGUCAAUUUUUGGUUUAAUAAUGGUAGGAGUAACAGCAGCGUUGUUUAGGUCCUGGCGACGGGACUAUAGUAAUAAAAUUUGGCUUCAACUCUGCAUAUCCAUUUUGUUGCUUGUCCUCAGCUUUUUGAUCAUAAUAUUUGCUAAAUUUGAUCACUACAGUAUUACUUGUAUGUUGAUAGGAGUAGUCCUACACUACGCAGUUCUAUCUUCCUUCUGUUGGAUGUUGGUUGCAGCAGUACUGUCUUAUAGGCGAUUAGUGUUGGUCUUCACCAGAGACGCCUCACAUAAAUUGCUUCGAGCAUCUGCAUUUUCGUGGGGAGUUCCUUUGGGAAUAAUUGGCGUUCUUCUUUCAGCAGCCCCGCAGUCUUAUGCGGGACGUUUCGAAGAGAAAACGCCUAGCGGUUCUUUUUGCUAUCCUUCCGGUUUAGCUAUGUGGCUAUCAGUUUAUGCCCCGAUAGCGAUAAUAUUACUUGCGAACUGGACACUAUUUGCGUUGAUAGUCCGUUCCGUGUUUGCAUCAAGAGGGAUUCAGAGACACGGGGAUUCAAACGAAGCUCUUCGUUGCGCAUCGGUUAGUUGCCUGUUAGUUUUUCUAUUCGGGUUGCCGUGGAUUUUUGGUCUUUUCGCUUUUAACGUUGUCGCUGCGUAUUUCUUUACGUUGACAGCAACGUAUCAAGGGUUUAUGUUGUUCCUAUUCUUUGUCCUUGGGAAUAAGAAGACUAGAGACUUGUGGUUAAAUAAGUUAAAGAUAAAACAGACUCGCAAAGUGCCUGUAACGUCAUCAACAUAUUCUAAUAGUCGGACGGGGUGGCGAGGGGCGACGGCUCCAUUGACGGUUGAAGCUAAGGCGUCGAAACCUAAAUCUCUAAGCCAAGAUGACUCUAGGUUUUCUUGACGAAGGUCUAAAUCCAAGCAGCCUUAUAAAGGUUGAUAUUUGAACAAGUAAGAUUCUUCUCAAUAGCACAUCUUGCAACUGUUCCUUGUUGUACUCCUGUCUUUUUUGCUAGCCGUAGUUAUCAUGUAGUGACGCUGUUUGAGACAGGCAUUAGCCACUUAAUCUCUCUCUGUUUGCUGACAGCCUGGUAUCUCAGUCUAUCGCACAGGUGGCCUCCAUACCUUUUGCCCUGUGUUGCACACACAAGGCGUUCUAUAUAAUUUUCUCGAUUCGACUGUGCAUAGUUACUCGACACUCAGUCAAAAUGCUGGAAAGUACCUACUUCUUGAUGAAUUAUUUAUAUUUAAGUGUUUGUUUUGUAAACGUAAGUUUAUACGAGAAACAACGAAUGUUUAUUACUCUGGCCGCUGCGGUCCGAUGCAACCGGUCGCCCUGUGGCUAGCUAGUUGACGCGUAGAUUGGCCAUAUUGCUAAUCUUUAUGGUAAGGCGCUAUCUGUGUUCAUUAUUUUUGUUUAGGAUAUUUCUUUAGUUACUUUUAUUCUUUUACUGUUUGCGAUUUUAAUACAGGGAAAUUGUUUUUUAUUAGAAUAUUCUGUGAAGGUAUUGCUUUCACUGUUACCUAUGAACGUAUUAUUUGUUGUAACCAUGUCGGCUGUUUUAAUCGUCUUGCUUAUUUUUAGUAUGAAACGAGGCUAUGUACGUAUAAGACUUUUCGAUUAAUAUUUAAAGUUAGUUAAUUAAUAAAAUCAGUGUUAAUCUAUUUAAACUAACUUCUGAGACCCCUUUAGAGAUUUUCUAACAUUUUAUAAGUUGCAGUUAAAAAUGUUACUAGAUCUAUUAGCAUAGUGUCGAGAUGAAGAAAAGAUAGAGAUUUUACUCUAAAAUCUGAUUUCCCGGUUUUAACAUUUUUCCGUAAAUUUACAGGGGAUCUUGAAUUUGUUUUAUUUACUUGAAUAAAUAUGUUACUGUUGUUAGGUUAUCUAUUUUUUUAAUAAGUCAAUAAGACAUCCAUCAAGUGAUCGAUAUACCCUUGUUUUUUUAACAUAAUUUCAAAA